AUGCACGCCUAUCCUGGACAGACGUGGCGUUCGACGCCGCAGGUAGACUGCAUUGCGUCGCAGUCCAGUCUAUUCCAUGCUGAUCGACCUGUUGAUGCAUUUGAUGAUGCUCGGCAGCGCACGCAACAGCCCAUCGUAACAGGCACGUCCGUGCUGGGACUCACCUACCAGGACGGCGUGAUGCUGGCCACAGACACACUUGCGUCCUACGGAUCGCUGGCGAGGUUCAUGGAUAAUCAGCGUCUAACGCCAUUUGGAAGUCAUGUCGUGGUUGGUGCCAGCGGCGAUAUGAGCGACUGGCAGAACAUUCAGCACACACUCACGAAGCUGAUGGAGAAGGAGGACAUUCAAGGUGACGGACACAGCCUGACGCCCGAGCAGGUGUAUGCAUACCUCUCGCAUACCAUGUACGAGCGCCGGUCUAAGCUGGACCCAUAUUGGAAUGCCCUCGUGCUGGGUGGCUAUGAUGCCAGGGCCAACGCGCCCUUCCUCGGAUACGUCGACUUGCUCGGGACAACGUAUCAGAGCAGCACCAUUGCGACAGGAUUUGGUCUGCACCUCGCUCAGCCCAUGCUGCGCAAGGCCGUCGAGGGCCGCGAGUCACAGCUCACGGAAGAGGAGGCACGUGCGAUUCUCGAGCAAUGCAUGCGUGUUUUAUUCUACCGAGAUGCACGCAGUCUGAACCGAUUCCAGAUCGCCAAGAUCACCAAACAUGGUGUCCAUAUCACAGAGCCAUACAGCGUUUCGACGAGCUGGAGCUUUGGCGAAGGCCUCCGUGGCUAUGGCCCUCAGACCCAAUAG